AGUCAUAAAUUUAGACAAUUAAUAGGAACAUUGUCACAAUAUGAACUCAAACAACGACAUCAUAUAUCAAAACUUGCAAGUUUGCCACUUACUGAAAUUAGUUGUAAUUCUUCGGAUUUAACAGAGCUUAGAAUUAAAAAACGCCAACAGCAAACUGAACUUACAAAUGAUUCAAUUUCAAUUAAAGAAAAUCUUAAUAAUAGCGAUGAUAAUCGUGAAGAAAGUGCUAAUAAAUUGUUUGAAGAUUUAUUUGGUCGUAAAUAG